AUGGCUGUCCCUCCCAAGUUCGCUGGCCAAAAGCUGCAAUUCGCGAAGGCGCAGUCACCCGCGACGGCAGGCGUGGCCGCAUCGGUACACACGCUCGAGCUCUACCUGGAUUACGUAUGUCCUUUCUCGGCGAAGCAAUUCAACACACUCUACCACACCGUAGUGCCCCUCGUCCGGGAAAGCAACGAGUGGUCACAAGGACUCGAGAUCGUGUUCCGACAGCAGGUCCAGCCAUGGCACCCAAGCUCGACCCUGACCCACGAGGCUGCGGUCGCCGUCCUCAAGCUUGCGCCUGAGAAAUACUGGGAGUUCAGCGACGCGUUGUUCAAGCAGCAGAAGGACUUCUUCGAUGUCAACGUCGUCAACGAGACCCGCAACAACACCUACAAGAGACUAGCCAAGAUUGCCGCGAGCGUUGGCGUUGACGAGGCCAAGGUCUACGAUCUACUCGUCAUCAGCGAUAAGCCAGCCGAGGAUGGAAGCUUGAACAGCGGCAACAAGGUCACCAACGAUUUCAAGGUGCUCGUCAAGAUGGCCCGACUAGUUGGUGUCCAUGUCAGUCCGACUGCCAUCUUUGACGGCGUAGUCGCCAAUGACGUUAGCUCCAGCUGGGGCAAGCAGGAGUGGGCAGACUGGUUGACCAAGAACGUGGUUUCGCGGCAGAAUGCCAUUCAACUCUGUCGGAGGUUAGCCUCAAACCUGACCAAGACCACCGCCAAGGAGACAAAUGCACCUGUAUAUCCCGAGAGACUGUGUAUAUACCAUGCCGGGGUCACCAGGAUUACCUUCCUGGCAUGCGUCAAGCUGUCUACCAUUUUCAUUUUCGUCUUUUUCACCUUCGUGGUAACCCCGAAGUACUACGAAAAGGAAGGAUGGAGCCCUACGACGAUUCGCACCGCUCUCUCCGGGGUAGUGCCGCUGCUGUUCGUCGCGUGGACGACGUCGCCGUUCGUCAUGUUCAUGCACGUCCGCCUGCCCCCCUUCGCGCGACAAUCUGAGCAGAUGCUGCGCCAGUAUCUCAAGAAGCUUCCUCGGGACGCCGAACUGGCCGUCACUACCAUGAGUCCCAUCGCUAAAGCUCGCGCGAGCAAGUUGCGGGUCUCUGAGCUUCGGCAGGACAACCAGAGGCUUGGCAUCGUGAACUAUGUCAGGGACACCACGGCGGAGGACGCUACGCGCAAGUGGUAUAACUAUCGUGCUGUUGGCAAGUUCAGCUUCCAGGCCAACAAGGCACCGCGUGUUCCGUGGGCUUGGGAUGAGUUGGCGAAGACGAUUCCACAGAAGCAAAAGGCUUGA